AAGAGCAGGGGGCGACGCAAGGAGGAUAGAGGGUUCGACGCGUGCGCACCGCCCAGAGAGGACUUGGCGCAUGCGCAAAGCGAGGUGUGGCCGGGGGGGGCUGGCAGUUUGGCGCCUGCUCUCUUUCUUCCACCUCCCCUCCUCCUUGUUCGGGCUGCGCUCUCGCCGGAAGCGCCCCGCAGUCUCGCGAGAGGCGGCGAGGCCGUUGAUAGUGGUGGCGCUGUCUCUCUCAGGAGAGUCGCUUCGCUCCUCUUUUCUCCUCCGCGUCUGGGCCCUGCCUGGGAGCCGCCGCCAUGUCCCGCUACCUGCGCCCCCCUAACACCUCGCUGUUCGUGCGGAAUGUGGCCGACGACACCAGGUGUGUGUCUGAAGACUUGCGUCGUGAGUUUGGUCGUUAUGGGCCGAUAGUUGAUGUGUACGUUCCACUUGAUUUCUACACUCGUCGUCCAAGAGGAUUUGCUUACGUUCAAUUUGAAGAUGUCCGUGAUGCUGAAGAUGCCCUCCAUAAUUUGGACCGGAAGUGGAUUUGUGGCCGGCAGAUAGAAAUCCAGUUUGCGCAGGGUGAUCGGAAAACUCCAAAUCAGAUGAAAGCCAAGGAAGGGAGAAACGUGUACAGUUCUUCUCGCUAUGAUGACUAUGACAGAUAUAGGCGAUCUAGAAGCCGGAGUUAUGAAAGGAGGAGGUCUAGAAGUCGUUCUUUUGAUUACAACUAUAGAAGAUCUUAUAGUCCUAGAAAUAGACCUACUGGAAGACCUCGGCGUAGCAGGAGCCGUUCGGACAAUGAUAGGUUCAAACACCGCAAUCGAUCUUUUUCAAGAUCUAAGUCCAAUUCAAGAUCACGAUCCAAGUCACAGCCCAAGAAAGAAAUGAAGGCUAAAUCACGUUCUAGGUCUGCAUCUCACACCAAAUCUAGAGGCACCUCUAAAACAGAUACUAAAACACAGUAUAAGUCCAGCUCAAGAUAUGAAAAGGAACCGAGAAAAAAAGAACCAGCUAGAUCCAAAUCUCAGUCAAGAUCACACUCUAGAUCUAGGUCAAAAUCCAGAUCACGGUCAUGGACUAGUCCCAAGUCCAGUGGCCACUAACAGUGUAACCAUCUUGUUUUUAGGCAUGAAUCAUUCAUUUACACACAGUUCAGUUUUCUUAAAUUAUCAGGAAUAUGAUGUUGCAACAGUGCUAAAAAGAACUUCUCUUUUUGUCAGUUUUCCCUGUAGCAGGCAAUGGUUAUAAUUAAAAUAACAGUGUUGAGAAGCCACUAAGAGAAUCCACUUCGUGAAAUGUCAUGGGCAGCUAUUGAUUUGAUUGUGGUGUCUGUGUAUAUUUUUGUAAAGAUUUGCAUUUUUUGAUGCUUAAAACAUUGGUGAUAACUUGAUUGACCAUAAUUUGCAACAUUGUCCUCUUACAAUUUCACACCCACAGAGAAAUUGGUACAAAUUGGUGUGGAGCAGUUAAACUAGCAGUUUAACUUGUUCUUCAGUAUUAAAAGUUUGCAAUAUGAGUGGAAAACUAGGCAGCUGUAGUGCAAUGCUGUCUGCUGUGAAAUAGACUGGCAACAUUAUGUUUCCAUUGUUUAAAGGGAGGAAAUCUCUAUUUUUCAUGCCCACCCUACAGCAAGUAGACACAUGGUGUUGAAGUUUCUUGUUAACCCCACCAUCUGUAGAGAUGGUACUAACAUUGCAUAUAGUAUCUGGGGAGAGUCACCGUCUUGGGGAUCACGCAGUGUCAUGAUAGUUGUCAGGAGAGGGCUUCAUUGUUUUUACCCAGCUGCUAAUAUUAGCUGUCUAACAAAAACAUAUACAUUUGAAAAUAUUAAGGUCACAUUUAAGCAAAUGACAGAGCAGCUACAAUAUUAGGUUAAUGUGUGUACAUUUUACUCAGUUUUUGUAUCUAUUCUAAAUUUUAGUGAGCAGUUAAUCAUAAAUUGCUUAGUUUCCUGCUGUUAGAUGCAAGUAGCUUGUUUCAAGUUGUGUGUGUACAGUAUAUAAGAACUAAACUUUUAUGCCAAUUACUCUUGUGGUUAGUUGGUGCAUUCAUAGAUAUCAAACUCUAGCCAUCUCUCUAUUUUGUGAAUAACUAAAGGAUUGCUUUUACACUUCAAAAUUUAUCUAGUCAAACAAGCCUAAAUUACAUCCCUUCAUCCCCAGACUGGAUAGUGUUUUGGUUACAAGGUUUCAUUUUAAAUUACUUACAGACAAAUCUUUCAAGUUGGGUGUGAAUUAGAACUGCAUCUCUAGCUAUUUUAUCACAAAUACAGUAUCUUGAGUAAACUAAUGUGAAAAAUAGUACAAUACCAGUAUGUAAUCUCACAAGUAUUUCUCUGGAAGGCAAGAUGUUUUGUUAAGAAAAUGGCUUCUGGCUUUGAAUUUAAAUAGGAAAAAAACAAGCCAGUGUCAAACACCUUAUGUUCCUUGCUGUCUAUAUAGUAGUGUAUGAAGACGUUGGUGAAAAGUUUCCUUUUUAGAUAAUUACUUUUAGGUUUUGGUUUUAGUAAUUUCAGCAGAGCCAUUGAGGAAACAGACAGCAAUACAGGCUGUUGAAUGUGCUUAAGGGGUUGAUUCUAGAACCUUUGUAUACUUGAUAGUAUUUCUAACUUUUUUCUUUACUCUUUGCAGUUAAUGUUCAUGUUCUGCUAUGCAAUCAUUUAUAUGCACGUUCCUUUAAUUUUGUAGACUUUCCUGGAUGUAUAGUUUAAAAACAACAAAGUCUAUUUAAAACUAGCAGUAGCGUGCAGCUCUAGCAGAGAAAAGUUGUGGGAUUAAACUUUGUAUUUUCUUUCAUAUAGGGGCUUCUAAAAAGGUAUUUUUAUAUGUUCUUUUUAACAAAUAUUGUGUACUACCUUUAAAACAUCAAUGUUUUGAUCAAAAUAACUAAAGACCCAGCUUAUUUUCGGCUUGCUGUAAAUUUAGCAAACAUGCUGUAAUAAAAAAAAAAAUAUGAAGGAAAUACUGAUCCACUGGAGUUAUUGUAGCUUUAGAAUUUGAUUCUAGAGCA